AUAGCUUUACUGUCAUCUUCAACAUGGUGUCGUAUUUUUGUAAACAUGUGUACACAAACUAAAUGCUUAGGUCAACUGCCCAAUGUAAGCGGAUAGAAUGUGGUAAACCGUAUGAAAAUCAACCACGUUGACAUAUUUGUUAUGGCUAGUCAAAUUUGGACACAGCAACACAAUGCAUUCCAUUUCGUUCGUUCAAACAAGGUCACUCAGACCCUUAAAAACUUUGUUUACAAAAACUCGAGGACCUAUGGCACCGACCAAUUUAAGCCUAAGAAAGCUGUAGUGCUGAGGAAAAUGACAAGAUACGAGUUUGAGAAGAUGGUAUCUAAAGGAUCAAGUGAAGAGGAACUAAAAAACUAUCUUGAAGGCAAACGUUCUGAUUACAAUGGAUUAAGAAGCCGUCAUGAAAACCAUUGCAGAAGUAUAGACAGCAUUACAAAGUCAUUGGUGAACCAUGGAAUAGAGACCAAAGUUGUGUCACGUCAUCAGUUCACUUCAGACCUUAUCCAAUGGGCAGAUGUUUUAUUCACAGCUGGAGGCGAUGGAACUUACUUGUUAGCUGCUAGCAAAGUGUUUGACCACCACAAGCCUCUGAUCGGAAUCAACACAGACCCCUCAAGGUCAGAGGGAUGUCUGUGCCUCCCAAAAGAGCAGUAUUCAGGAGUAAGGUUUGAACAUGCAUUACAAAGACUUCUAGAGGGAAAAUUCAGAUGGAAAAGACGUCAGCGAAUCCGUAUCACAAUGUCUGGACAUCAUGAGAAUGAUGAAGCAAUAGAACUUCAUGAUCAACAGCUCCAGUUUUAUGAACACAGAUUUUCUGAACAUGUAGGAGAGAGUGAGACAUACAGACAGAAUGUGAAUGUGUUGGAGAACUCCACCAGUCCGAGAGUUCUUCCUGUGUUGGCACUCAAUGAGGUGUUUAUAGGUGAAUGCUUGUCCUCCAGGGUCUCAUACUAUAAAAUUAAGGUAGAUGACCAUUCCAUUGAGAAGCAUAAGAGUUCAGGUAUAGCCGUCUGUACAGGAACGGGGUCAACUUCUUGGUUUUAUCACAUAAACAACCUUCCACAGCAGGCAAUAAAGACCAUACUGGGAUAUGCCAAUGAAUUAAUGCCAGGUGGAAAAACUAAUUUGCUGGAUUCAAAUCUCAUCUAUAAAGUUACCCAGAGAUACAAUGACUCGUUGAAGUUUGACCCCAGUGAACCUAAAAUGGCUUUCACAACCAGGGACCCUGUCCGAAAUGGUGUCUUUCAAGUGGGAAAUCCUAAAGGAUUUGCCAAACAAAUUCAGAUUUGUUCCAGGAUGUGGGAUGCCUGUUUAGUAGUGGACGGUGGCUCGUCAUUUAAGUUCAAUGAUGGGGCUGUCGCAACACUGGAAAUCAGAGAGGAGGAUGCUCUAAAGACAGUUGUAUUUGAUUGAAGUUAGGAGAUAUCUGUGAUGUUCAAUGUUAAAUUUAUACUCCUUUAUUAUUACUUAUGACUUUUUAGAUGUUUGGAUUUAGUUCCAUCUAAGUAUGUAUGCAACCAUCGACAAUCAAUUUACAAAUUUUGAUAUUCAUUUUGUAUCAAUAUGCAUUUUCUUUACUCAGUUUUUAAUUUAGUUAAGCAUUUGCCCAGUUUAUAUAUAAUUAUGGUUGGUUUUUCAAAACUGAUUUUCACUAUGUUUGGGGUAUGGACAUUAUCUGUGAACUGAACUACAAUAUAGAUUAAAACACUUCUACCAGGAAAUCUUCUCCAUCUAAUUGCAUGGGUUUUUAUCUUAAUCUACAAAAAUUUUACCUCACAAAAAUAUUUACAAACCAUCUCUUUCAUUUGAAUAUAUCAUAUCAAAAUAUAAUUAUUUUUAAUGUAAUGAUUGAAAAAUUGCUUUACAACACCUUGAUAAAAUAGAAGCAGGGUGUGAUGGUAUUUAAUAAUUCCCUGUAUGUCUUACAUUUUUUAUUGACAUGUUGUAUGUCUUUCAGUUGAAAAUAAAGUUAAUGAAUUUAUUUUCAAUGUUAAAGGCUUGGCACAUGAAAUUUAAAAGUGUAGGAUGGGGAUGCAACAUUUUAUGAUUUAGAUUCGUGGCAAGAAGAGUCCUGGAAUUUGAUGUCAGACACAAGGUUUGAAACGAGGGAACAUUUUGUCCCUCUAUGUUAUAUUACAAUAUACUUUGUAGUUUUUGUUUUACAAUGUACUACGUGAAUUUUUAUUUUCAAGGUUAAGAUAUUUUGUAUGCUGUCAUACAUAGAUGGAACAUUGAAAGUCAGAUGUUUUGUUUUACUGGAAUCUCAAGGAGAAUAAAGUAUAUCUGUGUGUACUUCUUUUAUAAGAGAGGUUUUAUGUUACAUAAAUAAAUGGCUCAGACCGGUAAA